AUGGACUCGUCGGUUUGCAGCGACAUGACGCGCGAGGCGCUCGGCGACCUCUACGGCUUCAACCAAUACAAGAAUCAACUAUUCGCCAAUCAAUUCGAAUACGAUGCCGUCCACCUGCUCGGCGUCGUCGAGCGGUAUCAACAAAAGUGGAAGCAUGCCGACCAGCUCGCCAACGACUUGGACGACAAAUGCCGACAACACGAGGAUGCCGCCUUCGCCAAGGACGAGAGGAUUCGGAAGCUUGAAGCGGAGCUGAAGGAUGCCCGCGCGCAACUCGCUGCGCAGCUUUCGGAGAGCAACGCGCUCAAGUUGGACCUGAAGGACCUGGAGGCGAAAUUCAAGCUCGUCCAGGGCAUAGUGCGCAAGCAGCUGCCCGAGCUGUCGUCGACGGAUCGGCAACAGCUCGCCUUCCUCAACGACGACCGCCAAAUCCAGCGCACGCACAGCAAGCGGCUGAAGAAGAACCCGCUCACCGACCACAGCUCCGAGGACUCGCUGAAUGGCGGCCGCUCGGAGGGCAGUCUCGACUACACGCGCGGAUCCGAUGACGACGAAGAUGUCAUUGAGCACAUGCAGACUACCAGGACGACGACACGCGUCUACCGUCGAUCCGGGGCCCUGGCCGGUUCUGACGUUGAGAGGCGCCGGUCUCGCUCGGCAUACACGCGGCCCGGAAAGAGGAGCCACAGCAAGUCGACGGCAGCCCUGGAGGAACGCCCGGAAGGAGAGCUGCCCAAGAAACGAUCGUUCCUCCAAGCCGCUCACCCGCCACCGGUAGCUGCUCGUGCGACGACCAGCGUCAAGCAUCGCGUCAGCCUCAACCGCAGCUACAGCGCCGACGAUCUGCUCCGGGAUGUGCCGAAUUUUAAAAAGGUGCUGACACCGACGAUGGCCUCGAGCAGUACAGACAUUCGCCGUGCCGUGGGCCCGGCCUGGACCGGAGGCCGCCCGAUCGCCGAGCGUCCGCACACCUUCGUGCCGUUCAGCGCCUACGUGCGCGUCAAGUCGUGCGACGUCUGCAACGGGGCGAUCCAUUUUGGGGGACGGGCCUCGUUCAAAUGUCAAGAUUGUCAUCAGCUGUGCCACUCGUCCUGCAAGGCUCGUCUUCCGAUCCCCUGUGUCCCGCGCACGCCGAAGACGCCGACAAGAAAUAAGGGACAAGGCAUCGUGCUGACCGACUAUUGCCCGGCCACCUCUCCAAUGAUCCCCUACCCGAUCAUCCACUGCGUCGUGGCACUCGAGCGACGGGGCUGCCUCUCCCACGAGGGUCUCUACCGGAUCCCCGCCCUCCAAGGUCUCAGCAAGCGUCUCCUCAAUGAGCUCAUCUCCACACGCGCCAUCCCCAAGAUGGACAUGCACGACCCGGAGGUGAUCGCCGACACGAUCAAGGGUUUCCUGCGCAACCUGAACGACUCGCUGAUCCCGCGCACGUCGAUCGCCGAAUUCGUGGACGCCGUGCAGAAGAAGGACGACGACCUCCUCAACAAGUACAUCAAGGGGUUGCCGCAGCCGCAUCGCGACACGCUGGCCUAUCUCUGCCUCCAUUGGCAGCGCGUCGGCGCGUGCUCCGAGGUGAACAAAAUGCCCGUCGAGAACAUUGCCCGUUGCGUGGCCCCGUCUAUCAUGAAGUACAUGCCGAGCGGGGCGGAGCUGAUCGGCGCCCAAGAGACGGUACGGCUACACGUCGAGGUGGUGACGGUGCUGCUGAAGAAGCCGCAAAAGGAGUGGCAGGACCUGUUGAGCCAGUCGACGGCCCCGCGCAACUUUUGCGGCACGAUGGAUUCGAGGAUCGAGAUGGCUAGGCUGACCGAGACGCCGCCGAUGGACAAGAGCAUCCUGGGGCCCGUGUCGACGCCCAUCGCCCCGCCCUCGACUACUCGUUUCCGGCCGCGUACCCGCCUAUUCGAUUCGCCGUGU